UCAGGGCUUUUAUUUUGAAGGGGGGGAACAGGCCCAGCAGCGGUCAGCUGACCAGCCAGGCUGCUUACCUGACGAGCGAGGGGACUGUGGUGGUCAACGAGGAGUGAGACAAAUCACACCAUGCUGCCUGAUAAAGAUGGUCCAGGCGUCGGAGGCGGACAGAGCUCUCCUGAGGGGGAGGACCCCUCUGUGAGUCUGUUCAGAGAGUACCUCCGCCUCAAAACCGUCCACCCAGACCCUGACUAUGAUGCUGCUCUUCGGUUCCUGGACAGAAUGGCUGAUGAGCUUGGGCUACCCAUGAAAAAGAUUGAGGUUUGUCCAGGCAGAGUUGUGUCGAUCAUGACAUGGGAAGGGACGAACCCAACCUUAAAAUCCAUCUUACUCAAUUCCCAUACAGAUGUUGUACCUGUUUUCCAGGAACAUUGGAAAUACGAUGCUUUCAGUGCUUUCAAAGAUGCAGAGGGCAACAUUUAUGCCCGGGGAUCACAGGACAUGAAAUGUGUAACUAUACAGUACAUCCAGGCAGUUAGAAGACUGAAGGCUGAGGGACGGAAACUGAUGCGCACUGUGCACUUAAUGUUUGUUCCCGAUGAAGAAGUUGGAGGUCACAAGGGAAUGGAAACAUUUGUGAAGCAUCCAGAGUUCCAAAAAUUAAACAUUGGCUUUGCACUUGAUGAAGGUCUGGCCAACCCUGGCGAGGCCUUCACUGUGUUUUAUGGAGAGAGGAACCCCUGGUGGAUUACAGUCCACUGCCCAGGCAGUCCAGGUCAUGGCUCUAGGUUUGUGGAGAACACAGCUGCUGAGAAACUGCGCCAAGUCAUGAACUCCUUCCUGGACUUCAGAGAGAAGGAGAAACUCAGGCUAAAUACCAGUGAGUGUUUCACGCUUGGUGAUGUCACCACAGUGAACAUGACCAUGGUCAAAGGUGGCGUGGCCUACAACGUCAUCCCAGCUGAAAUGGACGUCAGCUUUGACCUGAGAAUACCACCUACAGUGAAUCUGCAGGAGUUUGAAAGCCAGAUCAAAGAGUGGUGCAAAGAAGCAGGAGAAGAUGUCACCUAUGAAUUUGCUCAGAAACAUAUGAACCAGAAUGUGACUUCGACGGAGGAGAAUGAUCCUUGGUGGAGCGCCUUCAGCGUCACCUGCAAGGCAAUGAAUAUGACUGUGGAGAAGGAGAUAUUUCCAGCUGCCACAGAUAGCCGUUUCAUCCGAGCUGUGGGUAUCCCCGCUAUCGGCUUUUCUCCAAUGAACCGGACGCCAAUCCUGCUGCACGAUCACAACGAGUAUCUGAAUGAGCAGGUCUUCCUGAAAGGCAUCAGCGUGUUCGAGAGGCUCAUCUCAGCUCUUGCCAGCGUUCCUGCCUGUUCUGAUGAGGCUUAGACAAGUCUUCGUUUUUAAUCCUCUCUAAAACGUAUUUCACUGAUGAGCUGAAUAUUUAACUUGAAGAAUUUGCAGAGAUUACCAAAGAAUAAUAACAUGUAUAUCAUAAGCCAAAACUGAGCACUUAGCCUUUGGUACUAUUGAUUUGAGUUUUUUUUAUGAUUCUCAGGAGAUAGGCGCAGUGAGCGUUGCAUUACUCAGCACUGCAGCAGUUUUUUAACAACCUGUAUGUCAACAUUGUUGAUUGAGUGUGCCUGUGUGUAUGCAGUCUUAAAGAAUUAUCACCUAUUGUGUAAACAGUUUUCCAUUAGGAUGGAAAAAUCAACAUACUAAAAUGUAAAGAUGACUUUGAUUUAACUCUUUGAUCAAACAUCACUUAAUUGCCACUUUUUAGAUUUAGCUUAAUUUUAAAACUAUGAUUUCACGAGUUCUAAUUUUAUUUAAUAAAUGGAAUUG